GGGAAAAUCAACUUUUGAAAUAAAACAAAUAAUAGCGUUAAAAUUUCUUGAAAUACAAUAUUAAUUUUAAAUUUGAAGAGAAUAAAAACACUUUUUAUUUCGAGAAUACAGUGAAAAUUCUUCAGGAAAUGGGUUACUUUUCAAUUUUAUUUACAAUUAUUACACUUACUGCAUCUAUUUAUGGCUGUAACAUUCAUAUUGAUGCUGGAAAUUUACCAUUUUACACUUCAAACAUAAACAAUAUUAAUGGUGUUAUUAAUUGUGGAAGUCUUGUUUGUCCUAAAGAUUCAGUUAAUUGUGAAAUAAUAACAAAAAAUGAUCCAAAUAAUUCAAAAAUUGUAGUUACAGAAGAAAUAUGUUCCGAUAUUAAUGAAAAUGUACUUGAUCAAAAAACUUUUAAAACAGAUAAUCCAUCUGGUCGGCCCGUUAAUAUUACAAAUGCUAUUGGACCGAAAUAUAGAGAACAUGCUAGACAACAAGCACAAUUAAUUCAACAAACAGUUCAAAAUCAUAUUGAUGAACAUAUAAAUAAUAAUCCGAUAUUUAAUGCAUGGUCAAAUGGAAGAUUUUUGUAAUUGAAUAAAUUUAAAGAAUGAAAAUUAAAUAAUAAAAAUUUCAUACAUAUACGAGUACAUACAUACUUUCAUUUUACCGAAUCU